AUGUGGAUGGGCCUCAUCCAAUUAGUUGGAGGUGUUAAGAGAAAAGGCCAAGGUUUCUUGGAAAAGGAAUUCUCCCACAAGACUAACAUGAUAUUGUCGUGUGAGUUUCUAGCCUGCUGGCCUGCCUUCACCGCCUUGGGUGAGGCUUGGGGAGACCAGGGGGACUGUAGUAGACUGUUGAGAGAUGCUGGUGUGAUAGAGAUGCCCAGGAAACCACGAGCCUCUAGCCCAUUGUCCAACAUCCACCCACCAAUGCCAAAGAGGCGAGGAAGGGGAAAGCAUCCUCUCAACCCUGGCCCAGAAGCCCUUUCCAAGUUCCCAAGACAACCCGGAAGGGAAAAGGGACCCGUCAAGGAAGUUCCAGGAACAAAAGCCUCUCCCUGAAAGACCACCACUUCAAAAAUCCCUGAGGAAUGGAGUGGGCCACCACUAUCCAGCCACUCUGACCAGCCAAAUGAGGAACUCAAUCAAAAUGAGCCACAGCAGGACCACAAGGGCAAGGAGACUUUCACUGUCCCCAGCGUCUCCUUGGGCAGCCAGUAAUUCCCGGGCAAUUCCACAGACCUGAAGUCUAUCUGAAAAGUCUCCAGAGGUCUAACCCCAGGUAAGUAGCCAACAGGGUGUAGAGUACAUUUUGCACCCCAAAGCGUAUGCCCCAUGGUGAUGGAAAUAAAAUGAAUAUGUUGUA